AUGCUGACUGAAGAGGCCAAGGCUGUGGUCAACUCCACCCCGCCGCUGGUGGUGGCAGCAGCCCAUACGGCGGCGUCGUCCGGCUCGACCGGAGCGACGGGAGCGACGGGAGUGACGGGACCUGGGAGCCAUGGUGGAGGAAGCGGAGGAGGGCUCUCGCUGUCUAUUGUGGCCUCGCUCAUGACCUCCUCACCUGUCUGGGCUCCACUGGUGGAAGCAGUGGUGGGCUCGGGCGCAGACGCCGUCCUCACCCUUAUGACUAUCCUCCGCGAAUACUCGAAGCAGCAGCUGCCGAGCGCUCUGCUGCGGGUCGACUCGGCGCCGGCCAUGCCAGCCAUGCCGGCCAUGCCAGCCAUGCCGGCCAUGCCAGCCAUGCCGGCCAUGCCAGCCAUGCCGGCCAUGCCCGCCAUGCCGGGCCUCCCGCCCAUGCCGACCAUUCCGGGCCUCCCGUCCAUGCCAACGAUGCCGACCGUGCCGACCGAGGCCGCCGAGGCCAACGGCGGAGCAUCGGCAGGCCUCCCACAGUUUGUCGACGAGAUUGUGGUGCCUUUGAUGACAGUUGAGAACGCCGCCAUCUUUCAGGCGCCGGCCGAGGCCGUGGCGGGCCAGGUUGUGGCUAAGGGCCUGCCGCAGCUCUUUGCCUCGGCCACCAUGCGGGCCGACACGAGCCUGGUGAGUGCCAUGACGGCCAUCUCCAACCUCGCCGGGUGGGCGACCGAGAAGGCGACUAACGGGAACGAGACGUCUGCAGCGUACAUGGCGCAUCUGCAGCAGCUGCUGCAGCAGGCACGUGCUGCGGUUGCCGCCGCCUCCGCCGCUGCCAUGGACUGGAACGCCGGCAAGCCGCCGCCGUCCAAGCUCCCCAACCUCAUCCCGACCACGCCGCGGACGCCGAGCUCUGGAAGCGGGGGCGGCGCCGGGAGCGGCGGAUCCAAGAGCUCGCGGACCAAGAGCUCGCGGGUCCGCAACCGGGUCCGCGCACCGGCCGACGCCAUCUCGACCCCAUCGACGGUCAAGGCCUCGCGCGAGCUCACCGCCGACCUGCCGCGCGACGUCUUCCUCCUCCGCGCGGCACCGGUCCUCGGCGCGGUGCUGGCGUCGAUCACCAGCUCCCACGUCCCGCGCUCCUCGCUCCGUUUCGACGCCGAGCGUAUCAUGGUUUCUUGCUCGUGGGCGUCGCCGCAGACCUCGGCCGGCUCGUACGGCAUCCUUGUCUACCUCUCGGCCGCGCACGCCCGCCACAUCCGCUUCGGCGCCCUUCCGGACGGUUACAAGGAGCCGGUCUCGGCCAACUAUGUGAUCGAUCCCACGACUCGCCGUUCGCACUCGCUCCGCAACGAGCAGGUCAAGCGCGUCAUGGAGCGCUGGUACAAGCGCGCCGAGCUGCUGGUCGAGUCGACCCGCCUCGUCAUGGAGGGUUUCUCGCACCGCAACGAGGGCGUCACCGCCUGGGACCUCUCGACCCGCAACGCGCCUGCCAAGCUCUUCCACGCCCUCUUUGACAACAUGUCCGAAAUCAUGUUUGCCUACCCUGAGCGCGCGGGCCUCGUCGUCGUCACCCCGCAAUGGAUUGCCUCGUGCUUGCUCUCGACCAAGAUGGCGCUCCUGGUCUCGUCGCCCGAGCCCGGUGCCGAGCACGGCGCCCUCGCGCCCAUCCACGACGUCCGCGGCUCAAACACCGGCAUGUCGUUCGAAGUCACCUUCCUCAAGCCCAACCGCACCUGCCCGGUCUCGGUCGUCCUUGGCGAGCCGGCAAAGAUGCGCGGCGCCGAGUACUCGGUCAAGAAGACUCUUGCCGAGUCCGGCUCCGCCGCCGCUAUCGACGAGGGCAAGGAGGCGCUCGGUGACGACAUGCCUGCCGCCGCCCAGGCUACCAUCAUCCACGCAUUUGCCUAGCCCUUCGCCUCCUCCUCCUCCUCCUCCUCCUCCUCUCCCACGUGCCCCGCUUGCCUGGUAAAAUUCUUCUCGGCUCUCGA